AUGGAUUAUUCUACUAAUAUUACAUAUUUAUCUUUGGAAGGGCAUGUGGAGCUGGAGAAAUAUCGAUAUGUCUACUUUGUAAUUUGUCUUGUAAUUUUUAUUCUGAUAAUUUGCUGUAAUUCUGUUGUCAUUUCUGUCAUUUAUACAAACGAACAUCUCCAUGAGCCGAUGUACAUUUUCAUUGCUGCUUUACUUUGCAAUGCUCUCUUUGGAGCAGCUGCCUUUUACCCAAAAUUACUGAGUGACUUUCUGUCUGAAACACAAGUGAUCUCUCAUGGAGCCUGUCUGUUUCAGGCCUUUUGCAUUUACACAUAUGCUGCAGCAGAGUUCACGCUGUUAGCAGUUAUGGCCUUUGACAGAUAUGUGUCCAUAUGUAAACCAUUACAAUAUGCAACUCUUAUGAAAAUGUCCACCGUUAAAAAGCUCUUAUUUUUCUGCUGGUUUAUACCUUCCUGUGAAAUUGGAAUAUCAAUAAUACUAACAUACAGACAGCUGUGUAAAUAUAAAUUAAACCGAAUAUACUGCAGUAAUUACUCGGUUGCUAAAUUAAGUUGUGGAGAUUUAACGGCUGUGAGCACAUAUGGGCUGUCUGCUUUACCCAUUGCUGUCUGUCCACCUGUGAUGUUUGUUAUCUACUCAUAUGUUAGAAUAAUUGAUGUCUGUUUAAAGAAUUCAAAAGAUUUCAGAAGAAAAACUUUACAGACCUGCUUCCCACACAUUUUUAUUUUCACCACUUUUUCUUGUACUGCAUGUUUUGAAGUAAUAAAUAGCAGAUUUGAAGGAAAUGUACCUCAUUUAUUUGCUAUGAUAAUGUCAGCUGAAAAUAUGGUCAUUCCUCCUCUACUUAAUCCUAUUAUAUAUGGAUUGAAAAUGCAGGAGAUUUGGAAUAGGAUUAAGAGAAUCCUUUGGAAGAGAAAGACUCAUGUUUUUCCAGAUUAA